GCAUUGAGCCACAGUGGGCUGAACUCGCUCCGCCCUGCAUCUCCCUUCUCCACGCUCCGUCCUCGCGCAGCUCCGCCCGGGCAAAGGCCCAGCGCCACUCUCGCCUUUAUUGGUGAGCUUUAGCUCUCGCCCUGAGCUCCGGUUUGUCGCUGUUUGUCUCGGACAGGCAGCGGCCUCGCCCUGGCCUCUCGAGUCUCCCUCUCUCCCUUUCCCCCCUCCCUCCCGUCCAACAAUGUCGCUCCUGUCCUCCCCCCCCACCUCUUCCUCCUCCUCCUCCUCCUUCUCCUCCUCAUCGCCCCGUCCGUGGUCGACGAACCUCACCAAUUCAUCGAUCUUUCCACUCUGACUUCUCCACAUUCUGCUCUACGUCGCGUUCUGGGUCCAAUUCGUCGACACUAAUCCAUCACUGGAAAAAAACAUAAGGACUCCCAUUUUCGUUCCUUUCCCUUUCUCCCUCCUCUGCUCUCGAGUUCUCUUCUUUCUCUUCCUGUUGGUGCAUCUCAUGGUAUCGACUCGAAACCUCAGCAGUGCGCGCGCAUCGAGCAGAGGAGCAGGAGCGGGCUCUGGACGGAUGAGCUGCUGCGAGCACCUCUUCUCUCCCAGCAGCAGCAGCAGCAGCGACACCAGCAACGCGAGUCCGAUGGAGAAUCCGAUCAUGGAAGCCAACAGGACCGUCUCGACGAGAGAGACGUGCUGCUCGCGUCGCGCUGCUGGCGUGGUUUGAACCAAUUUGCCCCUGUGUUCGCGUGAUCCGCCACGACGGCGAAGGAUACUGAACCAGAGGGGGUGGGCUGGGGGGCCUCGGGAGCAGCCAAGAGCGGGAUGUUGCUCGAGACCGCCCUGGCAGACUUCUCAUGCGAUGAAUCGCGCGGUCUCGCCCCGCCCGGGACGAUUCCGUUCUCAUGGGAAGCAAUGCUGGGCAAACCCCGGUCCCCACCCCAGAGCGAAUGCAGUGGAGACCUGUCCACUGCGUCGUCCCCCGAUGUGACGAUUCAGCCAAAGCACCACCUUCACCAUCGUCAUCGUCAUGAUCAUCAGCAGCACGACCUCUACAACAGCGGUGGCAGCAGCAGCAGCAGGCAUUACUCGGUUGAGCCCCUGGCCAAAACCCUGCACAGACAGUACUCGGGCGAGCUCUUGCCUCGGUCGCGAAAAAGCCCUCAAUCUCGACAGUCGUCGCCCGCUGCGGACUCCAGGCCUCCUCCUUCCCACGGGGGCAGGACGUUCGGGAAAUCCUCGUCUUCGAAUCAGCUGCUGGAUCUGCUCGGCCAUCACCGAGGCUCAGCCAGCACCAGCACCAGCACGCAUUCGCACUCGACGACUCAGAGCGAGUACCAUCGGCGGACUCUGAGCUCGGCGGCGGACGAGAACUCGAGGAGGCACGGGAACCACAUGGCGUACGCGGGGGACGCAGGCAUUGCGCCUCUCGAAUGGGAGUCGCAGCCCGGCGGCAGGCCGCAGUCCUCCUCGUCCUCGUCCUCGUCGGGAGACGCGUACCGCGCCGGCAGCAGGAAUGGUGGCGCCAUAAGCAUGCAGCCGCUGCAGCUGCCUCCGUCGCGGCUGAUGCUGAUCAAAGAAUCCGAUCAAGCCGAAUGCUCGAAUUCGUCCAGCCCCGGCUCGCAUCGCUCGCGAAGCGGGCCGUUCUCUCCCGAGGGCGGCGGCGGCGGCGGCAGCAGCAGCAGCAGAAGGCAUCACGCGGUGCCGAAGCAGGGCAGGUUCUCGGGUCCGCUCUCUCCCCAGCAGCAGCAGCACAUGCCGAUGCAGCACCAUCUGAAGGUGUACCCGGGCGACAUUAUCCGGAUCUCGAGAAUGGGCUCGUUCGAGGCCUCGAACCAUCACAGCAGGCACGAUUCUUACGGCAGCGUGGAGUCCGAGGAGAAAUUCUACGAGGAUGAGUCGCCCGUCAGCACUCUGGAGCGCUUGCCCAGUCCGGUGGGCGGACUGCACGACGAUCAUUCGAGCCACCACGAGUACCCCGGCGACACGCCGCGCCGAGGGUCGGCGGCGCGCCCCAACUCCUCGGCCUCGGCCUCGCCCCUCACGGACACGCGAAUCUCUCUGGACUCGUCGGCCUGCUCGUCGUCGCGCGCGACAGCCAGCGGCGCCACGCUCCGAUGCCUGCCGAGCUUCCAUUCCGCGUCGCUGCACUCGUCGGCCCCUGCCGCGAGCACCAGCUCGUCGUCCAAUUUCAUGGCCAGCUGCCUCGUCGCGCUCGAGGUGGUUCUGCGCAGCGAUCGCGAGGACGAGGACGAGGACGAGGAGCAGGAGCGUGAAUUGGAAGACGACGCGGACGACGCGACCUCGGAUCGGCACGACGACAGCUUCGUGUCGCUGGAAUCGGGCGAGCACCCCGACCAUCUGCGCGGCGCCAGGUUCGCGCGGUCCCCCGUCAGGGCGCAAAGCCACGGGCACGACUCGGAGCUGCGCCGCCGCGAAACCAGCCAUCGAUGGUCGGGCUCGCGCUCGCAGCUCGAGCCCGAGUACCACACGAUGGAUUUCUACAGCGAGAACGGCGACGAUCGGUACAAGCUGAGCUCUGCGUCGUCGCGCAGCUUCUCCGUCGGGAGGACAAGCACCGACGCGACGAGUUCGCCGCAGAGCCUCGUGUCCACGCUGAGCCAACUGUCGCGGCCGAGGGGUCGGCGCCAUCGCUCGAGCGACCCGCGCCGCAGCCUGGACGAGUACUCGUGGAAGGACCGCCGGUUCCUGCAGGACCAUCCGAGCUCGUGGGUGGAGGAGGACGAGGACGAGGAGCAGGGCGGCGGCUUCCGCAGCAGCAACGUGAGCAGCGACUGCAACAUGAGCUUGGCCGGCCGCCUCCAGGACGUGUUCUGGGACGAUCAGCAGUCGGACAUGAACUCCGAGCGCGCCGAGGAAGUGGUGCGCGGCGCUGUGGACGGGCUGCGGUUCACGUACUCGCCUGUGUCGUCGGCCUUCGUCUUCACGAGGCCGCCGAACUCGCAGUCGUCGCAGUUCGAGAAUGGCGAGCUGCCAGAGAAUCGCGUCAUCUGCUACUCGCCGCCCAACACCGUGGACACGGAGAUUUCGCAGCGCUUCUCCAUCUCGCUCGACUACGCCACGUCCAUCUGCAGCGAGGACUCGCUGCCCUACUCCAUCGCCCGAUCGUCCGACGUCACGGAGCUCGGAAUCUCGCGCGCCGAAUCGUGGAGCAAAAUCGCUCGGGGCGCCUCGGCCGUCUCCCUCGCGCAGCACUAUCAUCGUGACUCUGCCUCGGGCCUGCUGGACCGCCGCGCCGGCUAUGGUGUCGUCGUGGUUGAAGAUUCCGGUGCGGCCUUCUACGACGCACCCGAGGCCGACCCCCUCGAUGCCUCUCGACCGGAGCCCGUCGUUCGCAAGCGCCCCACCAAAAAAUCAGGAUUGGCCACUUGCCUGCCUUUCCGAUCCAUUUUGAGGAACUUCAAGGCCUUCAGUCCCGGUCGGUCACGACUAGGGCCUCAAUGCGAGUGCAACAAGCAACAAUCGCCGAUGAACUGGACCCCUGCCCAAACAGCAGUAUCCCAUUGAGGAGUAGUCGCUGUUGCUCAGUGUUAUGUACAGUAAGACCUUCGUCCUGCUAAUCUGGAAAGGAGCUCGUUUUCACGUGUAGAAACUUAACAUCACGGUUUUUCAUACCAUUUGGGCGUUGCGCCUCAAAAUGCUUGCUUUCACGGAUUUGCUUUGCGCCGUAUCAUCAACCAUCCCCUGCCGAUCUAUCGCUGGAGGCUGCCACAGACAUCACCAGGCCACCUACCUACUACUACUCUACUGCAACUACUACGCCAGUGGCUGGCUGUCUGCAAGCGGCCUUCCAAGAUGCGUUGUUUGUCAAAUCGUCACAUCUUAAAGGGUUCAUGGGUCCGUGGAAAAUACAAUUGUCUAUCAGAUAGCCGAUCAGAUCGAUCCAUGGGUUGAUCGGGUCGAACGAUUCGCCGGGACAUCUUUCCAGAAGUUCGUAGAACGGAGAAACAUUCAGUCAGUCACCUCCUUUAGUUCAUGUGAAAAUCUUGAGUACAAAGUCUCGAGAUUAGCGAGACCUAUUCUGGCACCCACUCACUUACUUUUGGCUGGCUUGAAUCCAUGCCAUCCGUCUAUUCCAUCUCUUCCCGUCGACGUCAUUACUAGCACCGUCGCUGCUGCCACUGCCGCUGCUGGAGUACAGUUUUGUAUGUAUCGUCUAUGUAAGUAAUAUCUUCUAAGAAACACGAUAUGAUAUGUGAAGCAAUCACUCUCUCUAUCAUCUC